CUCUACCAGCCCACGGCCACUGUCCGUGAGCAAGCUCAUAUCAAGUCCAUCGAGCAGUACCACCAGAUGUACGAGCAGAGUAUUAACGACCCGGUGCCUUUUUGGACCCCGAUUGCCAAGCAAUUUCACUGGGAAGAGCCUUGGACUACGCUGCACGCCAGCAACUUUGAUCGCAACGCCGGCCCGGUCAGCAUCAAAUGGUUUGAUGGUGCCAAGACCAACAUCUGCUAUAACUGCUUGGACCGCCACGUUCUCAAUGGACACGGCGAUCGCGUGGCCUUCUUUUGGUUUGGCAAUGAGCCUGCUGACGCCCGUACAGUGACGUACUCGCAGAUGCUCGAGCGCGUCCAGCGCUUUGCCAACGUUUUGAAAGCCCUCGGCAUCAAGAAGGGCGAUACUGUUGCCAUUUACAUGCCCAUGAUCGUAGACCUUGUGGUCGCCAUGCUCGCCUGCGCCCGCAUCGGCGCGCCUCAUUCCAUCAUCUUUGGUGGCUUCAGUGCCGAGGCACUCUCUGAGCGCAUCAUGGAUGCUCGCAGCUCCGUUCUCGUCACUGCAGAUGGCGCCUUCCGCGGCACCAAGUUUAUUGACCUCAAGAGUAUCGCGGACACAGCGAUGGAAAAAUGCAAAACUCGCGGCUUUGAGGUUACACACUGCGUCGUCAGUCUCAACUCGGGUGAUAAGGCGCCCCACUCUGUGAACAUGGUGCAGGGUCGUGAUCAAUUUUUUCACGAACUGGAAGCCACUGCUGAACUCGAGUGCCCAGCUCUCUGGGUGGAUGCCGAAGACAUCUUGUUUCUGUUGUAUACCAGCGGCUCCACGGGUCGCCCCAAGGGCGUGGUGCACACCCACGGUGGCUACAUGGUUUGGACGGCCACCACGUUUAAGUACACCUUUGACUACCAUCCCUCGGACGUGUACUUUUGCACGGCUGAUAUUGGCUGGAUCACAGGCCACUCCUACAUUGCCUAUGGCCCCUUGCUCAACUGCGCAACCAGCGUCAUGUUUGAGGGCAUCCCAACAUAUCCAGAGGCCGAUCGAUACUGGGCCAUUGUCGAGAAGUACAAGGUCAACUCGUUCUACACAGCACCCACGGCCAUUCGAUCCCUGCAGCGCUUCGGUGAAGAAAUGCCCAAACGCCAUGAUCUGAGUAGCCUUCGCGUCCUGGGCUCUGUUGGCGAGCCCAUCAACCCCGAGGCCUGGAUCUGGUACCAUGACGUCAUCGGCAACAAGCGCGCCUCAGUCGUGGACACUUACUGGCAGACGGAGACGGGAGGUCAUGUCAUCACCCCGCUCCCAGGCUGCACCCCCAUGAAGCCGGGAUCUGCGAGCCUGCCCAUGUUUGGCAUUGUGCCUGCUAUCCUCGACAAAGCCGGUGAAGAACUGUCAGGCAAGGCUGAAGGCUAUUUGGUGAUCAAGCAGUCAUGGCCUGGCCAAAUGCGCACGGUUUUUGGCAACCACGAGCGUUUUGAGCUGACUUAUUUCAGCCAAUUCAGCGGUGCUUACUGCACGGGCGAUGGUGCUCACCGCGACGAGCAUGGGUACAGCUGGAUCACUGGUCGCACGGACGACGUUAUCACGGUCUCUGGCCACCGCAUGGGCACAGCUGAGCUGGAGAGUGCCAUGACCACUCAUCCCGAUGUCGCUGAAUCCGCCAUUGUUGGCGUUCCUCAUGAGAUCAAGGGUGAGGGCAUUCAUGCCUACGUGAUCACCAAUCCUGGAGUCGAGACAGAUGUUAGCAAAGAGAAGGAGCUGAAGAUGCACAUCCGCCAGGAGAUUGGCGCCUUCGCCACACCUGACGUUAUUCACUUUACUUCGGGCUUGCCAAAGACUCGCUCGGGCAAGAUUAUGCGCCGCAUUUUGCGCAAAAUUGCACAUUAUGAAGAAGAUUCGCUCGGCGAUAUCUCGACGCUUGCCGACCCCUCUGUUGUUCAGGAACUCAUCGACAGCCGACCCAAGCUCCAGUAAUUAAAUGUGGCCUUCCGAUAGUCUGCCUUGCUUAAAAGUCACAUCUGCGUCAAAAUUGAUUUGAUAUUAAUUC